AUGCUACAAUCAUACAGCAUCUUGCGCACAGUCUUCAACUUAGGAAGCUUAAUACUCAAUAUCAUAGACGAAGCGCACGUCAGCACCGCGAGCAGCGACCGGAUGCCUUGCAUUAUCGAACGGAGCACCAGCAGCUCCACGUCUGCUGCGCACUCGGGCAGCUUCGACGACAUGUACGAAAUCGACCGCAAGUACUGGGACGAUCUUCCCUACAUCUACCUGAGUCACCGGGCCAUCGUCGAGUUCCGCAAACGCGAAAAGACCAUUGCCGAAGAGGCCGAACAAGAAAGGAAGAAGAAGGAGCAACAAACCAGGGCAAAUCGGAGAAGCUUGCGGCUACCGCACAAGCUACGCAGUCUGAAGGAGUUUGCCAAGAAUGGUGGCCCGGAUUUAUCUGGGGGUAGAAAUUUCGGUUGGUCUGAGUCGAUGCAGGCCUGCAGUUCGACCUCCCUCUACGACGGCAACUGCCGCAACUUCCUCAAGCGCCACGGCAUCGCGGCCCGCUCGCUCAGUGAGUACUGCCCGCGCAACUUUGUAACUCUGCGGGAACGCUUCGAGGAGACUCGCCCAUCCGUCAAGCGGCUGGACAAGAACGACCAAAAGGUCUGGCUCAAAGCCUGCCGCAACUUCGGGAAGCGCCGUGCCAAGUUCAACGAUGCGCUCGACAUGCUGCUGGGCGAGGCCUCCGAGACGGUCCUCACCUACGAGAGCGAGCCGAUCACCGGCCUGGCCCCGCUGGUGCAGGGAAUGUUCCUGGCGCAGCCGAGCUACUUCGACUGUGGCGAUUUCUACGCCCUCGACGCGGACGGCCGGAUCGCCAACGACCUGAAGGAUUACAUCCUGCCCGCGACGGACGCAUACGGCGUGGUGCCGAACUUUUUCGUGCAGCUGCAGCUCGACGACAAUGCCGAUGAGCCCGCCGAGCUGCGGGCGAUGCACUAUGGGGCCCUGGGGGCGCGCGCGGUGCAGAAGCUGCGCUUCCAUGCGCGCGAAGACGAGGCGUGGAUGGACGAGAACGCGUAUUCCAUCGUCGUCGUCGUGUUCGAGGAGUCGGUGACGAUCUACGGAGUGUAUAUGAUGAAGCCCGAGGAUGAAUCCAGAGAGGCGGAUUAUCAGCUGACGGACCUCUAUUAUAGCCGUCUUGAUCGCGGAGUGGGGCAGUUUCGGAAGGCUGUGGCGGCGGUGCGGAACGCUAGGGACGUUGCGAAAGAGUGGAGAGAGUACUUCAUGGAUAUGGCCACGCGGGCGCUGGAGGGCGAUUCUGGCGCUUUGUCGCAGGGAAGUCCGAUGUCAGUGGAUGAGACGCCGAACGACGAUCAUAGCGAGGGUCCUGGUGGGAUGGCUCGUAUAUCCUCUCUGAGUGACGGCCAAAGCUCAGCCAGUAGCGAUAGUGCCUCCUCUGGCCUCAAAAGGCGCAGAAGUGACUACAAGCUGCAGUAUCCAAGCCUGGGCGAAGAGCUCCCACGUGUCAAGCGCCCUAGAUCUGUGAGCAGUGGCAGUGAUAGUCCGCGGUUUAGUUAGUAUCAUUGAAAGAGCGGGUUCUCAAUUUGAAGAUGGAAGGCAAGAUGAUGUAGGAUUGGUUGACUAGGAAACAAUGAUCAAAGUCCAGAUAGAGAGCCGAAUAGACUCUGGUUCGAAAAAGGCAGGAAUUUUGUAAGUACACUGGUUAAUGCCCAUUUAGCUUGUAAUCAGUGCCAGAUAUUGAGAUCAAAACUUGAAGAUGAAUGGAGCUUAUGUUUUGUACUCCAGGUCUUCAUCCAUUGCAACGAUAGCAAAUGAUAGCAAGCCCUUGGCGCAGCUUGGUGCCAGUGAUCAACACGAACAGUUCUCGGUUGACUUGUUGGGCGCUUUUCUCUUUGAUAUCAGUGUUGCAAGGUUGC